CGUCUCUCUUCUCUUCUGGUGGGCUUCUCUUGUCCUCUUCUUCCUGUGCCGCGAACGGAUCACUAUCAUACACGAUCAUAUAUAUAUAUUUAACAACACAACGGUCGGUUAUAUAUAAAACAAUUUUGUGAAUCGGGUCAAAUCUCGGAUAAAUUUGAAGUUUUUGUCUACCCAACCCUCAAAUUUGAUUAGGAAAUUUAGAAAACAAUCAGAUUUUCAAUUGGUGUAUUUCGGGUUAGGGAGAAUGUUCAACGGCAUGAUGGAUCCAGAAUUGAUGAGAAUGGCUCAAGAGCAGAUGAGUCGCAUGUCCCCUGCUGAUUUGGCUCGGAUGCAGCAGCAGAUGAUGUCUAAUCCUGAGUUAAUUAGAAUGGCUUCGGAAGGCAUGAAAAACAUGAGACCAGAUGACUUCAAGGUUGCUGCAGAACAGUUGAAGCAUACCCGUCCAGAGGAUAUGGCUGAGAUUGGUAAGAAAAUGGCUAAUGCAUCACCUGAAGAAAUAGCAGCGAUGCGUGCCCAAAUGGAUGCACAGGUUAAAUAUGAAAUUAGUGGAGCCGAGUUGCUGAAAAAGCAGGGAAAUGAUCUUCACACCCAGGGAAGGUUUAAGGAGGCCCUGCAGAAAUAUUCUCUUGCAAAGAAAAAUCUGUCAAGUAUUCCUGCUGCAAAAGGCAGGAGUCUCUCAUUGGCUUGUUCCUUGAACAUGAUGUCGUGUUACUUAAAAACUGGACAAUACCAUGACUGCAUAAAGGAAGGUAGUGAGGUUCUGGCAUAUGAUGACAAGAAUAUCAAAGCCCUUUAUCGUAGGGGUCAAGCUUAUAAAGAGCUGGGGCAGCUAGAAGAUGCAGUGUCUGACUUGAGUAAUGCACAUGAAGUCUCACCUGAUGAUGAAACUAUUGCUGAUGUCUUAAGGGGAGUCCAAGAAAGAUUGGUGAAAGAAGGUGGUGCUUCAAGACGUAGAGGAGGAUUGGUUAUUGAAGAAUUAACUGAAGAAGAACCACCAGUGUCUUCUGAAACCACGGAUGGUCAAGCUGCAGAAAGUGUUGCAUCACAACCACGAGAAGCGAUCAGUCCUCCUAAGAGUCAAAGUGAAAUCCUUGGUGGGCCUCCCUUAUCAAAUUCAGAGUCUUUGGAGGCUUUAAAAAAUGACCCAGAAUCCAUUAGAUCCUUCCAGAAUUUUAUUUCUUGCACUGAUCCAGACACCCUGGCUGCCUUCAGUGGCGGAAAAGCCGAAGGCAUACCCCCUGAAAUGGUGAAGACUGCCUCCAAUGUUAUUGGCAAGAUGUCACCGGAAGAACUACAAAGAAUGGUCCAGUUGGCUUCCUCCUUUCAAGGAGAAAAUUCGUUUCUUAAUAAAGGUUCCUCAGAUAACUUUGGGCCUGGUUCGGUUCCUCCAAAUGUAACACCCGACAUGCUUAAAAUGGCAACUGAUAUGAUGGGCAAGAUGUCUCCAGAAGAAAUGCAAAAGAUGUUUGAAAUGGCAUCUACGUUAAAAGAGAAAAGUCCAGUAUCAGCUGCAACAACUAUAGAUUCUAAUGGAUCUAGGCCGAAUCAGCAGUCAAAGCCUCGAGACACUAGGGAAAGUUUCAAAGUGGAUGAUAGUGCAAGUGCAAGCACUUCAUCUGAAGGGUUUUCUAAUUCAAAUAAUGGUCUUCAAUCAAGCUUAUCAAGCUCAAAUGCUGAUCUGCAAGAAGAAAUGAGAAACCGAAUGAAAGAUCCAGCCAUGAGACAGAUGUUCUCUUCAAUGAUUAAAAGCAUGAGUCCAGAGGUGAUGGCUAAUAUGAGUGAACAAUUUGGAUUGAAGCUCAGUCAGGAAGAUGCAGAGAAAGCUCAACAGGCAAUGUCUUCAUUGUCACCAGAUGACUUGGAAAAAAUGAUGAAGUGGGCCGAUAGAAUUCAAAGAGGAGUGGAAGGCGCGAAGAAGACGAAAAAUUGGCUCUUAGGAAAACCUGGCAUGAUCUUGGCUAUACUUGUGCUGCUUUUGGCAGUCAUCCUUCACUGGCUGGGCUUCAUCGGGCGCUAGACUUAACGUGUUAGGCAAAGCCAAAGAUUAGUUGACAGAGCCUGCCAUUAUGACCCAUGUUCAACAAGUGGAUUAGAGUUUGGGAUCCUCGUUAUAGUGCACUUAAAAUGGGAAUUUGUGGAUGAAAGUAUUACCAGUUGGUUGGAGAUGACAGCAGUAAUUUUGUUAUAUUAAUUUUCUUCUUUUUCUUUGAUUUGGGUGUUCUGAUGCAACUUGACAAAUUUUUUAAUUCGUUUUUUAGGAGUAGAACGCACCAUUUCAACAUGAUUUUUUUUUUUUUUUU